UCUGGUUUGCUGAUUAGUUAAUCUGAUGUCGUUAGUUUAAUGGUACUCGAACGCCUUCAUGUCGCUUAACUUUAACUUGCAGUUGUGUUAAGGAAUAUUUAAGAGUUAUCAUGAUUCUAUUAAGUGUGAUAGGGAUAUUUAUAUCGUUUCAUUUUUCCGACUGCAAUCCUCCGCACGGUUAUAUGACUCACUUCUAUUUCAAUCGCCGGAAAGUUCAGGUGAACGAUUCUCUUGUGCUUGAGCUUACGAACAGGUUUCUGCCAGACGUCCGGAAAGACUUUCUCACGUGCGACAUCCAAGUUGAGACGUCAUCAACGCGCAAGCUCCUGGUGCAUUUCAUGUCUCUAGAAAUUUCUGAUAAUGAAGACGACCUUGACAGAUUGCACAUAUAUGAUUACAAGAAAGACCAGAAAGCAACAAGGAUUUCCCCACCACAGGGCUUAUAUGGUGUGUAUGACAAGUACUACAGUAAAAUGUCGGGCGGAGUACCAUCCGACUACGUCACCAGUGGCAAUAAGCUGAAGUUAGACUAUCAGGGCAAACCUACAUUGGCUUAUGACGGUUUCAAAAUCCUUAUUACAUCUUUCAGAGAAUCACGUGGUGGUUGCGGUCGUGGCUACUUCCGGUGUAACCGGAAGGACAUAUGUAUUCCUGUUAGCACAUGGUGUGACGGAUUCAACAACUGCGGAAAUAAUGACCAUAGUGAUGAAUCAAACUGUGAUCAAAAUCGAGGAAAUGCAUGGAAGCCAUGGGAUGGCCAGGUUACAGCGGUAGUUGCAGCGUCAGUCUCGUGCACUGUGUUUCUUCUCACAGCAGGCCUUAUUGUUUUGAUUAUAAGGAAAAUGAAUAAAAGGGAGGCGAUUAACGCUCACAUCACCGUAGAAUUUAAAAAGAAACGCAAGCCAAACAGAAAGUCAACAAAUGGUGAACUUUUAACACGAUUAUACGCUCCUCCUUCGUACGAAGUUGUUGUAGGCAUGGAUGAGGAGCCACCUCCUUACGAAGCUGUGGAGGAUGACUACGACACAGAAACUGAUGAUGACAAUGAAGUUUUGAAUGAACACGUGACAAUGAAUACCAAAGGCGCAUGUGCGGUUACACCGGAAACAAUGGGCAAUAAUAAAAUCCGCAUCACAUCGGCUCUAGUAACAUGUGAUAUUGAAGGCAACAAUGUAAAGACAAAAGUUAAUAAAACAAACGAAGACAAUAUAUUGAAUCAAAGGAAAGAAUUUCAGGAACUGACAAAUUAUAAAUUGUGUUCAUCCGCCGAGGAAAGUAGUUCAAAUAGUUCAACUAGUCAAAAUAAAAACGCUCAGAUCCAGAAUAAUCAUGCAGGGGAUGAAAUAGAAGUGCUUGAAAGUGUGGACAGCGACUCUUCCAAAGAUGAAAACAGUAAUAGCCAUAAUCAGCAGAAAUUAUCAAAUGGGACAGUGCAUACUUUGAUAGGCAAUGGUCAUGUAAGUUCCGAAAAGUGCAACGGCCAUUCAAAAGUAAUGUUUAAAAGAAGUCCUUCCACGAGAGAUGCCGAUACUAUAGAAUAUGUAGACAGUGACUGAUGUUACACUAAUAUAAGUGCGUCUUUAUAAUUAUGCAAUUUGCUGUAUCCUGCCAGAGAAAGUGUGAUAAAGAACAAUAGUGACUUUUGAGCCGCGCCAUGAGAAAACCAGCAAAGUGCAUUUGCGAUCAGCAUGGAUCCAGACCAGCCUGCACAUCCGCGCAGUCUGUUCAGGAUCCAUGCUGUUCGCAAAAGGUUUCUCUAAUUUCAUUAGAAAUUGAAAGCGAACAAUAUGGAUCCUGACCAGACUGCGCGGAUGCGCAGGCUGCUCUGGAUCCAUGCCGGUCGCAAAUGCACUAUGUUGGUUUUCUCAUGGUGGGGCUCAUUUGAUAAAUCUGUGGUUGAUCGUUGAUAGGUUUAUUUUAGUAAUAAAUUUGUUACAUUCAAAAUAUUUUGACAAAAUUAAAAAUUCAUACAUGAACAAUUUGCAAAUAUUGAAUUGCUUAGUUCUACUUUUACUUAAAAAGUAUGCUUUGUAAAUACAAAAACCCAACAGUG